AUUCGAUUAUUCGUUGCUUAAAAUAUGCCAACUGCUUUAUCCAACAUUUUUCAUUUUUUAAAAACCGUUAACAUCAUCAAUACAAUUGCGCAUCACUACUUUCCGUUUGUUUACCCCACUUAGCGUAAUCACAAGCAAAGAACAACACUCACUAAAGUAGGAUUUUCUUGGUACACUCAAAUGGGGUUACUACUCAUAAACCAAUUUCACAGAUGUUUUUUCUUCUACUAAUCUUCUUUGAUCGAUUUUUCCCACAAAAUUUGUGCCAUUCAUGGAGCCUCCAACCGGAAUUUGGGCUUCUCUUUUGCAGUUUUUACGCUUUCUCCCUUUUUUUAUCGGUCUUCUUCUUCUGGGUACAAUCAAAGGUAUAUUGUUUUGCCCUUUGAUAUGUUUGUUAAUGACUGUGGGGCACAGCGCACUCAUCCUGGGUCUUUGGCCAGCGCACCUUUGUUGGACAUAUUAUUGUGUUGUAAGAGCUAAGCAAGUGGGACCUGUGUUGAAGCUUGUGUUGUGCCCUUUGAUCUUUGUUGUUUUAAUUAUCUGGCCUGUGGUUGGCAUUGUUUCAAGUAUUAUAGGAGGUGCAGCAUAUGGCUUUCUUUCACCAGUAUUUGCGACGUUUGAUGCUGUUGGAGAACGAAAGGAAAACGAAUUUUAUCAUUGUGUCUAUGACGGGACUUGGAGUACAAUUCUCGGUUGUUUUACUGUUAUUAGAGAUUUCAAAGAUGUUUGUUUUCAUUCGUAUUUUUCAAUCAUGGAUGACCUACGAGAUCGAGGUCCUCCAGAUGCAAAGUAUUAUGAAAUAAGAAUACUUUAUCUUCCUGGAGCAAUUUUAGCUGGUGUCCUUGGUCUUUUGGUUGAUAUCCCAGUUAUCACAAUCAUUGCCUUGUUCAAAAGCCCUUACAUGCUUUUUAAGGGGUGGAAACGUUUGCUACACGACCUUAUUGGACGUGAAGGUCCUUUCCUCGAAACAAUAUGUGUCCCCUUUGCUGGUCUUGCUAUUCUUCUUUGGCCACUAGCUGUUGUUGGAGCAUUGAUGGGUUCGAUGGUUUCCAGUGUCUUUCUAGGUGCUUAUGCAGGGGUGAUUGCUUAUCAGGAGUCUUCUCUCAUGAUGGGGCUUCGCUAUAUUGUGGCUUCCCUGGCCAUUUAUGACGAGUACAGCAAUGAUGUCCUUGACAUGUCUGAGGGAACUUGCUUUCCAGGGCUCUCUUAUCGGAAGAAAGAUCCAUCAAUACAGACUCAAUCCCGUACACCAUCUUUUUCAAGGCCCAAUUCUUUCCAGAAGAUGCCCUCUCAUAAUGGUUCUUUUAAGCGUCCUACGGUCGACUUAAAGCCAAUUGAGUUACUAGAUGGCUUGUUUAAAGAGUGCCAUCGCCAUGGUGAAGUGCUGGUUUCUGAAGGGAUAAUUUCCAUGAAGGACAUUGAAGAUGCAAAAUCCGGCAAAGAUAACCAGGGUGUUUUUAUCAUUGGUUUACCUGCGUAUUGCAUCUUACAAAUGCUUAUACAGUCGGCAAAAGUUAAUUCACCUGGUUUGCUGCUAAGUGAUAACACUGAAAUAACUAGCACUAAUAGACCAAAAGAUACGUUCUUUGAUUGGUUCCUCAACCCACUUUUGAUCAUGAAAGAACAGAUUAAAGCAGAAAAUCUUUCACCAGCAUUGGAAGAUUAUCUUGGUAAAUUGGUUUUACUAAGCGGAUAUCCUGAGAGACUUCGAAGUUUUUGCACUGUAAACAUCUCUGAAAAUGAAGUCAAAAUAGCAGAACUUGAGGCAUUGGCUAGAAGGCUUCGAGGAAUCACAAAAUCAAUAUCAAGAUAUCCUACUUUCAGGCGCCGUUUUGAAACUCUUACCAAAUCUUUAUUGGACAAUAUGGCAAAAAAGAGUGGCAGAAACCAUGCAAGCAAUGGAACUGGAUCAGCUCCAAGGACACGAAGUAGCAUUGUUCGAUACCUAAGUGAAAGAUCAUUUAAACGUAGUAAAAGUGAUAGCAAUUCUGAUAUUGAUUUCCAUAAUCCCAUUGAGAAGGAUGUGGAGAUACAACGAUGAUCAAAUUGUGUGAGUUCGUUUGUACAGAAUUGUUGUAUUGUAUAUGCAAUUUUAACUCAGAUUUCAGAGGUCUUUGAUCUUUAUUUUAACGCGUUGAUAAUCUUAGUAAAGUUGUAUAAUUUAACAAUCA